CCUCCUCCGGCCGGGACAAGACGCAGCGGGCGAGGGCAGCCGGGCCUUGGGCCGGGCCCUGACUGAAGCAGCGGGCGGUGGGCAGCGGGGCUCGCGAGCCGCAUGAGUGGAUGGAGCCGGGCUCUGGGCUGCAGCGGCGGGGGCCGGGGCUCGGCGGCGGGCUGGGCUCGGCCGGCGGCUCCCCUGCGCUCUCGGGGCCUCAGGGCCGCCGCAGGAAGCAGCCGCCGCGCCCGGCCGACUUCAAGCUGCAGGUGAUCAUCAUCGGCUCGCGGGGCGUCGGCAAGACCAGCCUGAUGGAGCGCUUCACGGACGACACUUUCUGCGAGGCCUGCAAGUCCACCGUAGGUGUUGAUUUUAAAAUCAAAACAGUAGAGCUAAGAGGAAAGAAAAUUAGAUUACAAAUCUGGGACACAGCAGGUCAGGAAAGAUUCAACAGCAUUACCUCAGCUUAUUACAGAAGUGCCAAGGGUAUUAUAUUGGUGUAUGAUAUCACGAAGAAGGAGACAUUUGAUGAUUUGCCAAAAUGGAUGAAAAUGAUUGACAAGUAUGCCUCAGAAGAUGCUGAGCUACUACUGGUUGGAAAUAAGUUAGACUGUGAAGUGGACAGAGAGAUCAGUCGGCAACAGGGAGAAAAAUUUGCACAGCAGAUAACUGGGAUGCGGUUUUGUGAAGCUAGUGCCAAGGAUAAUUUUAAUGUGGAUGAAAUAUUUCUGAAACUGGUUGAUGACAUUCUAAAAAAGAUGCCUUUGGAUAUUAUAAGAAACGAAUUGUCCAACAGUAUCCUGUCCCUACAACCAGAGCCAGAAAUUCCACCAGAACUGCCGCCUCCAAGACCUCAUGUCCGUUGUUGCUGACCGGCUGCUUCAUCCAGUGUUCAAAUGAUAAGUGGGAGGAGGGAAAGUGGGGGGGGGGGCAGGAAGCACCUGUCUGACUCUGCACUUACAAUCAUGUGGCAGUUCCUUGUUGCACUUUGAUUCAGAGUCAGAGCUAUACACUAAUUUGUAAAUAUGCAAGCCUGGGUAGGAUUCAGCUGUAGCUGGUUAAGUAUUGCCCUUCCCACAAGUGGUUUUUCACUCCUCUUUCCCAGUGCUAUAAAUAUUGUACAUUUGGCUGGGAAACGCAGCACUCCCAAACCUAGGAUGUAAGAAAUUAAAUCCAUACUUCACUUAUUCUGAACAUAAAUGUUGUAAUGGUCCCUUGAUAUAAACAGAACCUCUCCUAGUAUAUGGUGCUUUGCUAGCUUUUUCUAAGAUAAUUUUUAAAUUUUUGACUUUCUAAAGCUUUCUUAAAAGGCAUUGUUUCCCACUUACAAAUUCAAAAUAAAAGUGUUUACUGUAGCAUUUUAAAAUGACUGACAGCACAAUCCUGUAUAUGAUUGCUCAGAAGUGAGACCCACUGUGUUUAAGAGGGCUCACUCCCAGGUAAGUAUGCCUAGGAUUGUAGCCAGAGAAUGAAAUUUGCCAAGUAUUGGUGCUAUACACAAACCAUUCAUUUCAAUGGGGCUUGUAUAUGUGGUUCUAUGCAAGCAUCAUUGAAAUGAAUGGAUUGUAUAGCAGCAGGAUUCAGUGCAUUGAGCCCCGAACACACAAUUGACAUUUCUGGCAAUUCUUUAUUAUUUAUUAUUUUUAAUGCUAGGUCAUUUGUGUGUAUGUAUGUGUGCGUGCGCGGAGGCACUAUAUUCUGUGCAGUUUAUAAAGAAUGAAUUGCCAACUUGCACAGUUAGUUUCCUCAAAUAUAAAUUAGCUAGCAAUCGGGUUCUGUAAGAUACAAAAAACAGAGAUAUAUUUGAAACCUAAAAUAGAUAUAUAUAUAAGGCAUUGCUGCUGUCCUAGACACAUUCUUUUUUAAAAUCAUUUUUAGGACAAGACAUUUCCUGUCUCAUAUAUAUGUAUUUGUCUGAACAAAUUGGGGAGACAUCUUUGUUACAAUAUACUCUUUUCUAAUAGGUGAGCUUAUUCCCAUCAAAUAUGCUGUACUAAAGGAUUUUUUUUAGUCUGAAUCAGUUUGUGAACCAUAUCUUUCUGGUAUAUCUUUUAUUAAAACUGCACUGUAUAGUUUAGCUGUGGUAAACCAGUAGCUACAUAUUGGAAUAACUUGAUGUGUCCUAAAUGUUGUUGUGGUAUUGAAAAGCAUUGUCGUUCUAAACUAAUGAUGUGCCAAUAAAAUUUUGUAUUUAUGAAUGACAAUGGAACUGCAUCUCUUAUUAGAAUGCCAAAAAUCAAAUGUUGGCCAAAAAGGACCAUUUUAGGAGAAAUUUUUUUAAAGUGACUUUCUAGUUUAUAAAAACAGGACUGGAUGUGUUGACUUUUAGCUUAAUCCUAAGCAUGUUUAUUAGGAAGCAAAAGUUGCUUCCAGUAAAUGAUUAGGACUGUAGCCCCAGUCAAACUUGCAUCCUAUAUUGCCAGUAAGACUUGCUUAUUGAAAGUGUCUCAGCAGGCUGUAGCAAAACCUAGUGAUGACUCAUGGAACAUAAAAUAAGAGUUACUGGCUUUCAAACUCCAAA